AUGCCUGCUCUCCGGCUGUUGCGCAUUUAUCUCCGGAACCUAUGGAAUCCUCAAUUCUCACUUUAUUUAUUGAUUUUUGUCAUUAAAAAAUCACCAUUUCGUUACCGAAUAUUUCAAUCCAUACGGUAUCAUCUUAUCUGUCCUAUUGGUAGUUGUACACUGAACCAUAUGGCUUGCGUAGCCGAUAUAACAAUGUUGGCAGAUACUGAAUCAAGAAAUUAUGUGAGAGACUCUUUCGAGAAAGUUUACGGUAGUUUAGAAGGUUUGAACAUGAAGACGUUGAUUUUUUCGGAAGUUUCAUCUCGAGGGGUCUAUCGAUCGUGGUUUGGUACCUUGUUUGUGACUGUGUUAGCAUCUUAUUCGAUCACUUUAUAUUUUGUACUUGGGUACAAGAUAAUGGCCAGUUUGAACCAAGGAUUGGAUUAUAGGAGUGAUCGUACGCUUCAACUGCAACGACGGUUGUUUUCGGCGUUGGCAAUCCAAACAGCGAUUUCAAUUUGUGUUAGCUUCAUGCCUUGCAUUCCGGUUUUGUAUGGAUCGGCAAUUCGGAUUGACUUUUUGAGCUGGGUCAACAGGAUGUCUUCGGUCGGCGUUUCGUUUUUCCCAUUUCUUGAUUCACUGGCCGUCACAAUGUGCAUUCCAGCUCUUCGAUAUCGCGUAUUUUGUCGAAUUCGAAAUGUUUCUCCUAAUCUGUCAAAUCGUGUUUAUAGCAGUUCGAGAAUUUGA